GGAUUAGUGGUUUUCUCCAUCAUGUCGGUGCUGGUGGACAGACUUCAGCCUCAGAGAGUGUGAGCUCCACUGAACUGCGGGGAUGAACAUGCCACUGCACCAGAUCUCUGUCAUCCCUCGUGAUGUCACUUCCUCCCGGGUGUGCAGCAGCGGGAAAUCAAAGGAAAAGGACAAGCAGAAUGAGAAGCCGCUUGGUCAUUCAGCAAGCCGGUCCAGCAACAUUUCAAAGGCUGGAAGUCCAACCUCCAUGAAUGCACCCUGCAGCUUCCCCAGGAGUUCAGUGACGCCUUCAAACCAAGAUAUAUGCAGUUCUAAUGACCUCGCUCAGGACGUGGGCUCACAGAGGCCCUUACAGGCCACCGUAGUGCUGUUGAACUCUAACGGUAAAAGCUCAGCAUCUCAGGGUGUCACCAUGACCACCCUCUGCCUGGACUCUCCCCCCAAGCCCAAAAAUAAGACUUUAUUUGGCACCGAAUGGCUCUCCCUUCUCAAACCGUCAGUCAACCUUAAACCAGAAGCAGGAAGUCUCAAGUUCUCAAAGUCUCUGAAUGAUGUGGGGCAAAAAAUGGACAGUCUAUGCAGCGGCCUUCACUUUAUAGACCGCACCUGUUCGGAUGGGGAGCUGGAAACGGAAAAGGAACAACUCAUGGAAGCUGGCCACAUCAAAGACCUCAAUGGUCACGGCAUCCCCCCUCCUCUGUUUGCUUCUCAACCUCCAUCAUUCCUUAACAACUACAAAUACAUCUCCAACCCCGGGCCUGAGCAGUGUCUGGCUCCCGCUGCGCCUCCCCAUUCAGACCGUCGAAGAAGCUCCAACUUCUUGCGCCUCAUCUUCCCCUUCACCCGUUCUUCCACCGCAGGAAGUCUGCAGGCGUCUGAGAUGGGGAGUUAUGCUUCAAGGCUGCACAUCGACAAGUCCUCCAGUGCUGUGCUAGACGUCAGCGAGUCCUGCUGUAUGGAGGAGAUAGGAGACGAUGAGGUGUUUGAGGAGGACCCGUCCCGGUGGAAGAUAAAGAUGGAGGGGGUACGGGCUCCGCUAUGUUCCCUCGAGGAAGACUGCGACUUGGAUCAAUGCACCUCUCCACUGUCGGAGAAGAACGGGCCACUGUCGCCUUACUCCCUAUCGGGGGACUGCUGCAGGAUUUGUCACUGUGAGGGGGAUGAUGAGAGUCCACUGAUAACACCCUGUCACUGCACUGGGAGUUUGCGCUUCGUCCAUCAGGCAUGCCUGCAGCAGUGGAUCAAAAGCUCAGACACUCGCUGCUGUGAACUCUGCAAAUAUGACUUCAUCAUGGAGACCAAGCUCAAGCCGCUGCGCAAGUGGGAGAAGCUUCAGAUGACCGCUAGCGAGAGGAGGAAGAUCAUGUGCUCAGUCACUUUCCAUGUCAUCGCCAUCACUUGCGUCGUCUGGUCUCUCUACGUCCUCAUUGACCGCACGGCAGAGGAGAUCAAACAAGGGAUAUUGGAAUGGCCUUUUUGGACCAAGCUGGUGGUGGUGGCCAUCGGCUUCACAGGCGGACUGGUGUUCAUGUACGUGCAAUGCAAGGUCUACAUCCAGUUGUGGAGGAGACUCAAGGCCUACAACAGAGUAAUAUACGUGCAGAACCGCCCAGAGACCUGUAAAAUCAAAGUUUUUGAUAAGCCCUCUCUUCUGGAGCCCAACCUGGAGAACAAAGAGGCUCUUGUACCUGCGCAGUCGGACACAAACUCUUCCCAGUACACAGAGACAGAGGAUUACAGUAUGGAGAUCCUUCACGUGUGACGGCUCAGCCACCCCCCCGCCCUCCAAAAGUACUCUAUAUAGGACCUGCCGGGCAUCUGAAUGUCACACUGCACCGGCCACCGUCUAAAACUCCUUUCGUUGUUUCGAUGUUCUUUUUUCCUCUUCGUUCGUUUGUCUGACCCGUUCCUGUAAGUUGUUGGCUAACCAUAACGAAUCAGUGUGCGCUAGAUCUUGGAUCAUUCCAACUACUGCCAUUGUACUGCUGUCGUACAAGAGUUGAAAUCCACCGUUCGAGCCGUGUUUGUGCGCUGGUUCUGAUGGAGUCGAUGCAUAUAAGCACUUUUUGAUUUCCCUGUUCUACGAAAGAGCCCUGUUUUAAUAACGUAUUCAUUUCCUUUCUACAUGGAGAAGACAAACUUGAAGUUUUGCGAGCGUUUUAUAGGAGCAUUUGUAUCUCCCUGAAAAUCCUCGGAUGGAACAAAACAGAAAAAGGAAUCUGAAGGAGCGAAGAGGGAACGUUUAUGUACUGUUAUGUAUCAUUCCACUUGUUUAGGAGACAAAGUAUGUUUUUUUGAAUUUUAGUCGUUGUGAAAUUUGACACGAGCUAGGCUUUUGUUUUUAUAUCAGGUGAUUGCGAAGUAAUCUGGAUUAUCUAAUUACGAUAUUUAUCCUGUCGAGGGCUUUUUUACUAAAGUGCGGGAAAAAAAUGCAAAAAUGAUACCAUACGGUGAGUUCUCACUGGCUAUGCUGCUGAUUUUUGCAUUUGCUGAAGACUUUUAACGCUUUAGUGAGAGACUUUAGUAAAUCGGGCCUUGUAAAAGGGAUCGUUCUCCCCAAAAAAUGUACUCACUCUCAGGCCAAACAAAAUGUAAGUCACUUUAUUCUUCCUAACAGUUAAGAAGAUGUGUUUUGGGCUGAAAAUGCGGUAGCAGCUACUGUCACUUUAAGAACUGUACAGACAACCCUUUGUUAAACAAUAUAUGAAGAAUUCAGAUGUAAAAACCUCUCCGUGCCAUCUGAAAUUUUUAUCGAAAAGGAAAAUUUUUCUCAGCCUCCGUUGUUUAUGUUGAGGUAUUUCAUUUUAAAGACCAGGAAAAGAACUUAUUCUUUGCCACAAAAGUGAUAUUAUUGAACAUACACAGGAGCUUGAUAAAAAUACUCAUUUUAGAGGAAAAUUUUGGACGCCAUUUAGAGGUUUUUGUAUCUAAACUUUACAUAUGUACAUUUUUUUUACUCUUUUAGUUGUUUUGCUUCGUAAGACCUCAAAGUAGGGUUGUCACGAUACUGGAAUUCAGUAUCAAUCAAUCAAUGUUUUAAAAACGUCCAUUUCCUGAUAACAUUAGAGCGCUGUAGAGCACAUUCUUAAAUGGCGCUGAUUUGCCGUUGUGUUCAUGUGCUCAACAGAAAUUACUGUGAUUUGCCGUCAAGGUCAUCGGUUCACCAAACUCACCGCUGUUUACUGAGUGUAACCACAUAUACAGGGACACUGGAGCAUUUCAAAGUCACGUCGAUCAGCUAGUUUGUCUAUAAACUGAGAUACGAGUGAUUCGCUGAUGAAACUUGGCUUCAAAACGCUCCAGUGUCCUUGUAUCUUUGGUUACACUUAGUAAACAGUGAGUUCGGUGAAAUGAUGACCUUCUCGGCCAAUCACUGUCAUUUCUGUCGAGCACGUGAGUGCCAGCAACCAGCAUUCUUCAAAUUAUCUCCUCUUGUUUUUAACAGAAGAAAGAAAAUCAUGAAGGUUGAUGUAUAAAUGAUGUCAUUUUCAUUUUAGGGUGAACUCACCCUUUAAUAAUGGCUUCGUUUUGUUUGGCAUGUUUUUUUUAAUGAUUUAUGAGCAUUUUAUUAUUCAUACAAGAGAGUUAAAGCAAACAACCUAAAUAAAUCUUCAUAAAUGUUAUACAGAAGGGGAAAAAAAUAAUUCACAUCUGAGACCUGAGAGUGUGUAAAAUGUUCAUUUCGGGGUGUACUUUCCCUUUAAAAGUGUGUGUGUUUGCGAAUGUAAAGAAUUCAAAUUCCUCCCUGAGGGAAAUGAACUGCAGUGUAGCAACCGUUGCAAUGAAUCAGUCAUGAUUUCUGUGUGUGCGUGCGUGCGAGCGUGUGUGAACGAGAUUUACCUUCAGUCCAAUUUUAGCUUAAUGUUUCUGUUUUCUUUUGGCAUUCCUACAUUUACUUUCGCAGUUGAUUUUAAACCAUAAGAAUAAAGGUUUUAGCAAUGAUGAAAUGUUGACUUUGAGCUAGUUAACAAGAUGACUACCAGGCUCUGCUUAGGUUUUUAAACCAAUCUAAUCUCCCAUGGGUGUUUUGUAUUUAUUAAAUAUAUUGUUUGGCGUCUCGAUGGCUUUAAAUGUUGGAAAACAGCCAUGUUAGUUUUGGCCUUCAUUCUAACAUAUUCCUCUUUUCAGUGACCAUGAUUGAUAUUCCUGCUGUUGCAAUGAUCAUUUAAGCAGACUGUGCUUCUUACAAACGCUAUUGUGAAUGAAUAUUUCUUUGUUCAAAAGGUACAGGAUCCUUCUGCCACCUAGAGCUACUGCACAGACAAUGCACAUUUAUCUUUUUUUUUAACCUAUUCUGACUGGCUUUUUGCCGUUUGACCAAUAAAAAGAUGCUCUACUAUGUUUUUCAAUGUAUGCACCACAUUUAAUGAGACCCUGACCACUCUGACAACAUCCGAAUGAGCCAUUUUAUUGGAUAAUAUGUGGACUAAAACUAUUUUAUGGUUCGUCAGCCAUCAUAUAAUCCUUACUAGAUCAAUUUAAUUGCCCCUAGCCUAGUGAAAUGACUGUUUUAUGGCAGUUAUUAAGAAUUAGCGCAUAUAUAUUUAACCAAUUUUUUUUUUUGAUAGCGUAUUUGUAAAACAACAGGAGCUGGCUCCUUUAACAGAUGCUUGUUUUCCAGAAUUAUCUUUAUUUCAAGCAUUGCACUGCAUCAUAUUUGGAUGGAUGUAUUUUAAAGUGCAGUAAUAGUCUUGUUUGUUUCAUGGCUUGUCGUCAAACUGCAGUGCUUUACUACUGAAUUGGCUUGAACAUGGAGAACAUGACUGUUUCUUGCAUCUCCCUCUUAUUUCUUGUAACUUUCCUUAUGUAGUAAAUAGUUUCUCUAAGCAUUUUUGAGGAUAAAAAAAAAAAAAAUAACCAAAUAAAGGAAAUGUAGAUUUUUAUUUUUUGGUCAACAGCCUUGUGUUGUAUAUGAGAUGUUUUGUUUUUAAUUGACUGUAAUAACGGGUGAUUAAAGAUCUGAAAGCUGCCUGGUUAUGUGGAAAGAGAUAUUUCCCAUAGGAAAAAUUGCAUUAAACUCUCAGUUUCAUAUUUAUGUGUUGUCCAGGCCUUUUACAAACACUGUGUCAAAUAGAAACCAUCAGUGGAGUCGAUCCAGCAUUUCACUUUGUGGCUUUCUCAGUGGAUAAAUACUGGUUUUGUGAAACUGAAAAGGCUGUAAUUUACAUGAAUAGUUUUGUAUUUCAUGUAUGUUUCUCUCUUUUAUUUGUUUUCCCUCCCCCUCAGUAUUACCACCUUUAUUCUGGUUGAUUUUUAGUUUCUUGGCUGAGAUAUGAGUGACUACAUUUGUGCUGUGUUUUUAAGGAGAGACUGAGUGGAGCAAUAAAAGAAAUCUUCAAGUAUA